AUAGAUCCAUAGAUUAAAAAAAGAUAUUGGACGAACAAAUCAACGCUUAUUAAUUCUGAUUCAUUCAUUAUUUUAAUAACGAAAAAAGAUCUAUCACAAACAAAACGAGCUGUUUCAAUCUAUGGAAAUUAUUACUGAAGGAAAUAAAAAUCUGUAUAAAUCAAUCGUCUAUAUAAUAGUGAACGAGCGUUGAAAGAUAUCACAUAAAUCUUCAAGAUCGAUUGAGAUAGUGACGAUAGAGGAAUCGUCUUCUAUGCGGCAGGAAUCUCUGACUGGUCUUAAAUUGCGGCCGCCGGGCGAUCACGGUGGUAUACAUCACGGCGGGGUCAUGCUGGAGGAAGAUAUGGCUGGUGCCCAGGACACAAUAUAUCUGUGCAAUUUUCGAGUGUCGGUAGAUGGCGAAUGGCUCUGUUUAAAGGAACUUCAGGAUGUCGAAUUCUCACUCCAAGAUUCAAUGCAGCGGUCACCUUCACCACCGCUCGCUCUCAGUGGUAUUAAUCAUCAUCAUGAUCAUCAUCAUCACCAUCACCACCAUCAGCAACAGCUUCCCGAACAGCGAGAGCUUCGCGAUAUUAUGCCACCAAGUCCACCGCCAUUGCAGCACGUCUCCAGCUUGUCACGAGAUCCAGUCAUCAUCGAGAGGAGUAAUCUCGUUAACAUUUCGAAACUAAUCGUCAAGGAGCUGAUCGAAACAUCCUUGAAAUAUGGUCGUAUGCUCGAUUCUGAUCAUAUGCCAUUGCAACAUUUUUUCAUCGUCCUUGAACAUGUGCUUAGGCAUGGUUUACGGCCGAAGAAGGGUCUUCUCGGACCCAAAAAGGAGCUAUGGGAUAUUCUUCAGCUUGUAGAGAAAUAUUGUCCUGAAGCACAAGAUAUUACGUCCAGCAUUCGUGAUUUACCUACUGUUAGGACGGCUAUGGGUAGGGCGCGGGCUUGGCUGCGUAUGGCAUUGAUGCAAAAGAAAUUAGCAGAUUAUCUCAAAGUUCUGAUAGAUCACAAAGAUGAUAUUUUGUCCGAAUACUUUGAACCAGAUGCUCUGAUGAUGAGCGAAGAGGCAAUCGUAGUAAUGGGUUUGUUAGUGGGCUUAAAUGUGAUCGAUUGCAACUUCUGUGUAAAGGAAGAAGAUCUCGAUUGCCAGCAGGGCGUAAUCGACUUUUCACUAUAUCUACGCAAUAGUAAUCAUAUACCUGGUGAAUCGCCAGAUGAUGAACUCGAAACCGACAAUAUGACCACAGUGCUUGAUCAAAAGAAUUAUAUCGAAGAACUUAAUCGACAUUUAAAUGCAACAGUAACGAAUCUCCAAGCUAAAGUAGAAUCUCUGACGACAACAAAUGCUCUUAUGAAAGAAGAUCUUGCUAUUGCUAAAAAUAAUAUUUUAUCGCUUCAAGAAGAGAAUAGACAAUUAAAAAAAGAACUUGGUAUUGAAGUUAAAGAUGCAAACGAGAAUGGAAAAAUACCUCUUAAAAUAACAGAAACGACUGCUGAAAUUGAAGAACUUAGAUGCAGAAUAGAAUCUGAAAAAAAAUCACGACAAGAUCUAGAGAAAGAACUAGAAUUACAGAUUAGCAUGAAAUCUGAAAUGGAAGUAGCUAUGAAGUUGUUAGAGAAGGAUAUACAUGAGAAACAGGAUACUAUAAUAUCUUUAAGGCGUCAGCUGGAGGAUAUCAAAUUAAUCAACUUGGAAAUGUACAAAAAGUUGCAGGAGUGCGAAGGCUCACUUAAGCAUAAGACAGAACUGAUUACAAAGCUGGAAGCUAAAACGCUGUCGAUGAGUGAGACCAUCCAGAAAAUGGAUGAGAAGUGCAAGGAGAUGGAUGGUGUCAGAUCGGGGGCAGAGGAGAAGGUGAGGAUUCUGGGUGCCGAGGCUGCAGAGCGGGAAGCGCGGACGAAUGGGGUCGAGAGGGAAUUGCAACUUGAGCGCGAGUGGAGAACCUCCUUACAGGAAACAUCGAUCUGUAACACGGAGAAGAUCUCUCAAUUACAUCAGGAAAUCGAUCAGCUGAAACGGGUGUCCGAGAGAUACUUGACGCUGCAGGAAGAGUAUUACGCCCUAAAGGAGGUGUGCGGUGAGCAGGAACGAACUCUAGAGGAACUUGGGGGACAAUUGAGCACUGCCAAAUUAGCGGCCGCCGAAUUGCGCGAAGCCGCUGACAAUGCUCAGCAGCAGUCGGCACUGCAAGAGGGUUUGGUAACCUGGGCAAAUGAUCGGAUGGUCACCCAAUGCAAGGGAUGCAGUCGUGAGUUCAACAUGACUCGUCGUAAGCACCAUUGUCGCAAUUGCGGGAACAUUUUCUGUAACGCAUGCAGUGACAAUACUACAGUCUUGCCAAACUCAGCGAGACCGGUACGCGUUUGUGACGAAUGUUAUGUAUUUCUGGUUAGCCGUUACUCGGUGGUGCGUUAAUAUUCCGCAUGCUAUUGUUCUUUUCCGUAAACGAAUUGCAUAACAGAGUUUUCAGUUCGAUGCACAGUCUCAAAAAAGAUAGGAACGGAAAUCCGAGAAAGCAGAACAAAGAAA